GACAUCUCCCGACAUCUCACGACUCAGUUGGCCAUGCCGCGACGUGUCCGAGGGUCGCCUUUUGCAGACAUAGAUGCUUAUUUAGCGCAGCAGGGCUUGCUAUCUGCUGCUACAGGGACUGGUGAAGUCGACAAAGUUCAAGUGCCGAUUUUCAGCCAAAACCAUCGCCAGAGCCGAGGAAUCGUCCCGCGUGCAAGCCCUUGUCAAGGUCGCUCAAGGAAGUCGCACGCAGCAAGUCGACCUGUUGCAUCGCCACAGGUGACUGGCGCGAUCCGCGAAAGGAAUGCCAUGCGCUCCCAUCAAAGUCCUUUCGCAACCUGCGACUCAGACGAGUCCAAUGGUGCAAGUGGACCAUGCCGUGUCGACAUGACAAAUUCCAACGGAUGUCCAGCCCUGGAAGAUGCGAAAGAUGCGAAGGGUUCAGCGGGUUCAGUUGAGGACUCAGAUUUGUUCGAUCCAAGCACCCAACUGAUCCAACUGGGCCGCAUGGAUGAGCGGGCUGCGCCGGCUCCCACUCGCUCCAAGCACUUUCCGAAUUCCCAGAUGUCGCAGCCCGAAACUGCAAAGAAACCGAAGCUGGAUCUUUCUUCGCUCUCAGCUGAGCAGCGCGAGGCCAUCAGUGAACCGUUGAACAGCCCGUUACUUAUCCUUGCCGGACCUGGUAGCGGAAAAACUCACUUUCUUGUGACCCGGAUUCGCCAAGCACUGUCUGAGUCGGUACCUGCUGAGGGGAUCAUUGCUGUCACCUACACUCGCAAAGCUGCAGAUGAGCUUUCCCACAGGGUCAAGCAACACGCUGGUGCGGGUGCGAAAGUUUGGGUGAGCACAGUGCACGGCCUGGCGUUGAGGUUCUUGCGCGAAGCAGGAGGCAGAUCUGGCGCGCCAUGCAAGGCUGCCUCUGACGAGGACCGGCGAGCAGCUGCUGGUGUGGUCUUGGGCCAACCACAGCUGCAAGAGUUAUUUUCCUACUUGGAGGCACUGCCAGAUUCAGAGGGCAGUGCGACUGGCGAUGCAGCUCAGGCUUCCAAGAAAUAUGGCCAAACUGUUGCAAAGUUGCUCUCAGUCUUUGAUCAGAAAGGCCGAUGGCUGGCGAAUUCGGUCCAGGAUGUAUCUCAGCAGCCACUGCUCGUCACAGCGCACCAGGCAUUCCUGCAGGAGCUUCGCAAGCAGCGCUUGCUUGACAUCAGUGAGGUUAUUGAAGCGGCUUCGAGGCUACAGCAAGCUGAUGCUGAGUCCAGCUCCAGAUGGGUGGCCAGCUUUGCUCAGAUGCUCUUCGUGGAUGAAUGGCAGGACAUCGAUACAGAGCAGCAAGACUUCUUGGCUCGGCUGCUGGGCCGCCAGGGCCACAUCACAGCCGUAGGGGAUGAUGAUCAACGAAUCUAUGCCUGGCGAGACAGGGGUGCCUCUGCACCAGAGGCUUUCAGGAAGCAUUGGUCUUCAGCUUGCAUCAAGACUCUAGGAGCCAACCACCGUGCCUUGCCGCACCUGGUUGAAGCUGCAACCCGACUCAUUUCACACAACUCCCAUCGCGAGAAGAAGGAGCUUAGGUCUGCACGCCAAGACGUAGAGCAAUCAGGUAGAGUCUCUGUUGUCGCAAAAGAAUGCCUCAAUGCGGAAGCUCGCUGGGUUGCUGAAGAGAUUCAGCGAGGUGAUGCCAAAUCGUUCGGGGCUUCUGCGAUUCUUACCAGGACCAAUGCGUCGGCAACGGUCUUUGCCAAGGCACUUUCUCAACUUGGUCUGCCUGUGUGGCCAUCCGCUCGCAAAGGUGUCACAGAUGGGCCUCGGACAUCUCAGGUGUUGGAUUUGCUGGCCUACUUGAGGCUGGUAGUCGACCCACACCAUGAUCCGUCAUUUCUGCGCAUUUGCAACGUUCCACGCCGUGGGGUCGGCAAGGCAGCGUUGCGGUGCCUUCGUGAGCAGUUUGGGGCUCCUGCAGAAACUUCGUUGUCAACGUUCCAGGCAGUCGAGGAUUUGAAUGUGGAGCAGGCAGCGCUGCGUGCCAGAAGCCUCGCAGGAGGCGUAGACGGUGAACCAGCGUCAGGAUCUUUUGAGGGCGCGAUGGGCCGAUUAUUGAAGGCUCCUUGGCUGGGAUCCAGUAUGCGUUUGGCACAAGGUUUGGCCAAGCUGGCAGCUGUGCUCCGUGCAGCGCGUCGUGCUGCUGCAGCAGAACACGGUGCUGCUGACGUCUUGCGCGUGAUUCUGGUGGAGACUGGCCUGGGAAGCGGAAGCAGCGGAAGCAUAUCGGCAGGGACAGAGGCCAAAGCAGCAACAGGCUCUGGGCGGAAAUCUGAGUCUACUGAGGCAUCCCCGGCAUCCCCAACAGCCCUCCAGCUGAUGGCAGCUGCCGAGAAAUAUGUUGAUGGACAAAAUGGAGCUGCCUGUGUGGUUCGUUUCCUGCAAGAGAUGGCACCAAGAGGCUCCGGGCAUGCUGCCUCGACGAGCUCUGUCUUUGUCAGCACGAUACAUCAGGCCAAAGGACUUGAGUGGGAUACAGUCUUCCUGGUGCAGUGCAAUGAGAUGGUUAUGCCGCUGCAGAGGCAGGGUAUGCAAAUGGCCGAUGAACAGCUGGAAGAAGAGCGACGGCUGUUCUAUGUGGCUAUGACGCGAGCAAGAAAUCGGUUGGUUUUGUCCUUCUCUCUGAAGCGAGAUUCUGGUGAGGCAGCAGAGCCUUCACGGUUCCUGUUUGAAACUGGAGCUAUGGACACUAUGGACACUACGGACACUAUGCACACGCUUGACUUGGGCGAUGGUGACAGUGGCAGCGUCGUCGGGACAAAUCCUGAGGAACCCCCCGAACCCGUCUUGAAGAGGAGGAAGACAUGGAAGACAUGGAAGACCAAUGAGUUCUUUCAAACCGGCCUGGAGGUGAGAUCGAUCAAGGAGGCCCAAGUUCUUGCACGUACCGACCGUGCUCCAUCUGGAAUGCAAUCAUGGAUUCCAAAGGCUUUGGAAUCUGAGCAAGCGCUCUGUGCUAGCUUCUUUGGAACAGACUGCUUGCAGAAAUAAAACUGGAUAUAUUGGAUGGAUUUGUAUGGGCAGAUAUGGCAUGGGCAGGUUGCUUCUCAUUAGGCUUAGGCCCUAGUGUGAACAAUGCCCUGACUGAAUCUUGCCAUCUUAGACCUGUCAGACCUUAGCGUGCCUUGGAAUGCUGCCGCAGAAGGCUGACAUUGCAUGCUCUUAAUCCUUGAUUUGGCCAUGUACAGUGCAUCGUUUAGAGGCUUCAGAAAGUAGAAUUGAUUUUGCACGACCUAUUGCCCUAGAGUGCUAGAGAAUCAGUUCAAGAGAAGGGCUCGAAGAAAAGCGAGCUACAAAACAUGAGAACACUCCGCGAAGAGGCAGCGC